UUCACCUCGACUUCGCUUUCACUUGACCGAUCCUGGCGAUCUUGCGAUUUCGUCGCCAUCAUCGUCGUCGUCGUCGUCUUCGCGAAAAUUUUCUCAUCGUCCAGGAGUACCAGGUGACAUUCACGGCACUCACAUUGCUCGCGAUUGACGUAAACGGAUAUUGCACAAGUGAGAGAAGAGAGAACGAAAGAAAGCGUGCGAAAGUAUAGUGAAAACCCAGGCUAGUCCUCAUCGAUCGACUUGAGCAUCCCAGUGAAGUGGAUCCAGGAAACGGAUGUGAUCCUUCAGUUUCAUCCGUCGACUAUGAUCACCCGCAUCGAGAAGAUAUCAAGGAUAAGAAUUCAGUAGAAAGCGAAUCGCUUAAUCAAGCAAAAUGGCGAAAAAUCAACAUCAGAAUGGCAUAAUACCGGGAGCUGGCAUAGUGUCUGGUCCGGAUGAUUUUUCGGAUGGUGAAAGCACUCCUCUGACUCAGGACUAUGGCGGAAGCCAACGCACGAUUGUCGAAACAAAAGGAUGGGACGUAUUCCGGAAUCCGCCAAUGAAGACCGACUCGAACUCGGGUUCCAUGGCAAACCAGAAAUGCCUAGAGAGGAUGGUGCAGGUAAUCAAGGUCACCAUCUAUCUGCUUGUUUUCAUCAUAGUGUUGGGAAGCGGUGUAAUUGCCAAAGGCACGAUACUCUUCAUGACGUCGCAACUGCGACAAGAUAGAAAAAUGCUCUACUGCAAUAGACAAUUAGAUCGGGAGAAUCAGUACAUAGUAACACUGCCCGAGGAGGAGAGGAUCGCUUGGAUAUGGUGCAUAAUAAUCGCGUUCACAGUGCCGGAGUUCGGCACGCUGGUACGCAGCAUUCGCAUGUGUAUCUUCAAGUCCUGGAAAAAACCGCAGUCGAUGCACUUUCUCGUGGUUUCCAUCAUGGAGACAUUUCACGUGGUGGGUCUGGCUUUGAUGUUUCUGGCGGUGCUUCCGGAACUGGACGUCGUAAAAGGAGCGAUGCUGACCAACUGCGUAUGCUUCGUUCCCGGAUUGCUCGGCCUACUUUCCCGUAAUAAAAGUAAAGACGAUUCCAAACGAUUCGUCCUCGUUCUCGUCGAUAUCGCCGCUCUGGCCGCACAAGCGACCAGCUUCGUUCUUUGGCCCUUCCUAGACAGCUCAAGACGAUCCUUAUGGCUGAUUCCCCUUACGCUGAUUCUCGUCUCUUGUGGCUGGUGGGAAAAUUACGUCUCUAUGCAGAGCAGAAUCGGUUUAAUCAGAUCGCUUGGCAGAGUGAAGAAAGAGAUGCGAUUGACGCGAUACUUUACUUAUAUGUUGGUGUCCGUCUGGAAGAUCAUGGCAUUCUUCAUCAGCUCGGUACUGAUAUUGCAUAUCAAAGGAGAUAAUGUCGGGCAUCUCUUCUCCAUGUUGAGCAAUGCCUUCGGCGACCAUAAGAUCACAGUCACUUCCAUCAAGUCGAUAAACAGCGGCAGUUUGCCUGAUCUCUCGGAGAUUUUGACGGGCGACAUCACCGAGGUCGUUAACGCCGACUUCAACACGCCCAUUUAUGUCCUUCUGCUGCAAAUCGCUGGCGCUUACUUCGCCUACGUAUUUGGCAAGUUUGCAUGCAAGAUCCUGAUUCAAGGCUUCAGCUAUGCGUUCCCAGUGAAUCUUACGAUACCGGUGUCGAUCUCGCUUCUGAUUGCCGCAUGUGGUCUUCGCAACAACGAUCCAUGUUUCUUCCAUGGCACAGUACCGGAUUAUCUGUUUUACGAGUCGCCAUUGCCAAACUUCCUCAAUGACUUCGUGUCGAAACAAUAUGCCUGGGUGUGGUUGUUGUGGCUGUUGUCGCAGACCUGGAUCACUCUGCACAUCUGGACGCCCAAAUGCGAGCGUCUCGCGGCCACAGAGAAGCUCUUCGUCGUGCCGAUGUAUGACUCUCUACUGAUCGAUCAGUCGAUGGGCCUCAAUCGAAGAAGAGAUGAUCAACCAGAAGUCAAAGUCGAAGAUCUGGCAGAAAUAGAGAAGGAAAAAGGUGACGGCGACUAUGAGACAAUCUAUGAACAGACGGACGGUUCAACCACACCUCCAUCCGCGGUGAAGAGCAGCGAUCAUGUAACUAGGAUCUAUGCUUGCGCUACUAUGUGGCAUGAAAAUAAGGAGGAAAUGAUGGAGUUUUUGAAAAGCAUUCUGCGUCUGGACGAGGACCAAUGCGCGCGGCGCGUCGCCCAGAAAUAUCUCAAGGUGGUCGAUCCCGACUACUACGAAUUUGAAACUCACAUAUUCUUCGACGAUGCGUUCGAGUUGUCCGACCACGACGAGAACGAGUCGCAGGUGAAUAGGUUCGUGAAAUUAUUGGUCGGCACAUUAGACGAGGCCGCGUCGGAUGUGCACAAAACGAGAAUGCAUGUGAGAGCGCCUAAGAAGUACCCGACUCCGUAUGGUGGACGAUUGGUAUGGACUCUUCCUGGAAAGACGAAGAUGAUUGCCCAUCUAAAGGAUAAGAGCAAGAUUCGACAUAGGAAACGAUGGAGUCAAGUAAUGUACAUGUAUUACUUACUGGGUCAUCGGCUAAUGGAAUUACCGAUCAGUGUCGAUCGCAAGGAAGUCAUCGCCGAGAAUACGUUUCUGUUAACACUAGACGGAGAUAUUGACUUUCAACCGGCGGCGGUGAAGCUUCUCGUGGACCUGAUGAAAAAGAAUAAAAACCUUGGUGCCGCUUGCGGUCGCAUUCAUCCGGUUGGUUCCGGUCCUAUGGUGUGGUAUCAAAUGUUCGAAUACGCGAUCGGUCACUGGCUGCAAAAAGCCACAGAACACAUGAUCGGCUGCGUGCUCUGCAGUCCCGGAUGCUUCUCGCUAUUCCGUGGUAAGGCAUUGAUGGACGACAACGUGAUGAAAAAAUACACGACCAAGUCUGACGAGGCGAGACACUACGUGCAGUACGAUCAAGGAGAGGAUCGUUGGCUGUGCACGUUGCUAUUGCAACGAGGCUACAGGGUGGAGUAUUCUGCAGCGAGUGAUGCUUAUACUCAUGCACCGGAAGGAUUUAACGAGUUUUACAAUCAACGACGUCGUUGGGUACCCUCUACCAUUGCAAAUAUUAUGGAUCUGCUGAUGGAUGCGAAACGUACAAUCAAAAUCAAUGAUAAUAUCUCAUUACCUUACAUUUCGUAUCAAAUUCUAUUGAUGGGUGGUACGAUUUUGGGACCUGGCACGAUCUUCCUCAUGUUGGUGGGUGCCUUCGUAGCUGCUUUCAAAAUCGACAACUGGACCAGCUUCUACUACAACAUCAUUCCCAUUUUGCUCUUCAUGAUCGUCUGUUUCACGUGCAAAUCGAACAUACAGCUUUUAUGCGCCCAGAUCCUGUCGACGGCGUACGCGAUGAUCAUGAUGGCGGUAAUCGUAGGUACUGCCCUACAGCUUGGCGAGGACGGUAUAGGCUCGCCCUCGGCAAUCUUCUUAAUAUCAUUGUCGAGCUCAUUCUUCAUAGCAGCCUGCCUACACCCACAAGAAUUCUGGUGCAUCGUGCCCGGCAUCAUAUACUUGUUGUCCAUUCCGUCUAUGUAUUUGCUCCUCAUACUGUACUCCAUCAUCAAUCUUAAUGUUGUAUCCUGGGGCACCAGGGAAGUCCAAACGAAAAAGACCAAGAAGGAACUCGAACAAGAGAAACGAGAAGCAGAGGAAGCAAAGCGUAAAGCCAAACAGAAGUCCUUGCUUGGCUUCCUACAGAACGGCGCGGGUAACAAUGACGACGAUCAGGGUUCCAUUGAGAUAUCGUUGGCCGGCUUGUUCAAAUGCUUGCUAUGCACUCAUGGAAAACCAUCCGCCGAGAAACAGCAGCUCGUAGCAAUCGCUGAGUCGCUCGAGCAACUCGGCAAAAGGCUCGAGACUAUCGAAAGAGCGGUAGAUCCUCACAGUCACGUUUCCGGACGAAGGAGAGCCUCUUCCGUAGGUUCGCGCACCGCUGAUCACUUGGGUGCCAUUGGCGAGGAUCCCGAGGACGAAGAGGGUAGCGAGACAGAGACGGUGACCAGUCAGAAUACCGAAGGUAAUCGUGAUGGCAGCAACUUCCUCUCGAGACCGUACUGGCUAACCGACGAGGGUCUGAAGAAGGGCGAAGUGGACGUGCUGUCGAUGCAGGAGGAACAGUUCUGGAAGGAUCUAUUGGAGAAAUAUCUCUACCCGAUCGAUGAGGACAAAGCGGAGAAGGCACGAAUCGCCAAAGAUCUAAAGGACCUACGCGACCAGAGUGUCUUUGCGUUUUUUAUGAUGAACGCCCUCUUCGUCCUGAUCGUCUUUCUGCUGCAAUUGAACAAAGACUUGUUGCACAUCAAGUGGCCAUUCGGCAUCAAGACGAACGUCACAUAUGAUCAUAUUACUAUGGAGGUGCACAUCUCGAAGGAGUAUCUACAACUCGAGCCAAUCGGUCUCGUAUUUGUCUUCUUCUUCGCAUUGAUAUUGGUUAUACAGUUCACUGCGAUGUUAUUCCAUCGAUUCGGAACACUGGCCCACAUUCUGGCCAGCACCAGCUUAGAUUGUUACAAGAAGACGAAGGAUCUCUCCGAGGAAGCCUUGUUAUCGAAACACGCAGUUGAUAUAGUGAGAGAUCUCCAAAGGCUGGACGGAAUAGAAGGUGAUUACGAGGAGGGCAGCGGUAGCGGGCCCGGUAGACGAAAAACGAUCCGGAAUCUGGAGAAGAGUCGUAGAAAGACGCAGGCGAUCAACACGCUCGAUGUGGCCUUCAGGCAACGUUUCUUCAGCAUGAAUGAGGGCGCAGGUCUGUCAAGGAACAUGUCGACACGACGAGAGGCGUUCAAGGCGUUUGAAGGCAGGCGCAACAGCAUAAUGGCAAUGCGCCGGAAGUCGCAGAUGCAGACCCUGGGUGCGAACAAUAUUUAUGGCGUGGCGGGUAACCCCCUAGGAAUUCAAGGCCGGCCAUCCCGCAGUAGUCAGAUAUCCGUGAAGGAUGUGUUUGAGGGACAUCCGGCGACGUCGGGAACAGGCCAUGUGAACGCCGGCUACGAAGGUGAUGACAGCCCCGUCAACAGUCUACGUCUACAGAAUCUUGGCGGCAGCCAGGUCACGUGGCGAGAGGUGAACUCCAACGUGUGACCACGUCCAUCAGCUCGUUGUUGCGAUAAAUUAAUGAAAAAUUUAUUUAUUCGAUGAAUUUAUUUAUCGAAGAAUUCAUUGCCGAGUUCAAUACAUAUUUCUUCCGAGUAGAAUUUCUAAAUUCUAUUGCACGAAGGUUUCAUCGCGCUUCUCCCCAAGAAACACACCAAAUUAAGAGAAAGUUGAAAUGACUUUAUUUUGAUGUCGGGAAAGUCAAAAUGAUGAUUUUUUUGUUAUGAAAUUUAACUGUUACGUUAAAAAUUAAAAUAAAAUCAUUUUU